AAGGUCCCAAGGUCCCAAGCAGAGACGCAGAAAGAUUUCCGGUUCGUGACUGCCUCAAUAAUCAACAGCCAGAUUUGAUGUUACCGUUUGGUGCGUCCUCACGACGCCAACUUUAAAUCGACGUCUCGAGUCGCAUUCAAGACCCUUUGGGCUUUGCGUUAGCACUAGCGCUAGAGGCACCCACCUAAUUAACUUCGGUGGGACCAAGGAUGGCACAGCAACCUCGAAAAACAUCUCUAGCCGGCUUACUAUCUCGCACGAGCACUACCAGGAGCGCGCACAGCCCACACAACUUGACUUCUGAACUUUCGUCCUUGUCGACCGCCGAGUCGGAGAAAGGCCCGCUCGGGUUGACAAACCUCAACUCGGUCUCGUCUUCCUUGGACCCAACUGCAGAUGUCAUAUUUAUCCAUGGCCUCGGGGGUGGCAGUCGCAAAACUUGGUCUUUCUCACCAAACGCGGAUCAUUUUUGGCCACAGUCAUGGCUCCCAUCCGACCCGGACUUCGCCGAUGUGCGAUUUCACACAUUUGGUUACAAAGCCGAUUGGGCAGAACGGCAACAAAGCGCCCUAAAUAUUCGCGACUUUGCACUAUCCCUCCUCAGCGGGCUCAAGAAUAGCCCAGCCAUUCGGCGAAAUGAUAAUACACGUAUCGUUCUCGUGGGCCAUAGCAUGGGAGGGUGCGUCGCAAAGAAGGCGUACAUCCUCGCGCGCCAGGAUCCGACCUGUCACGACCUCGUUCGACGAUUUCACUCCAUUUUCUUCAUUGGCACCCCACACAGGGGCUCAAACCUCGCGGUGACUCUCGAAAACAUGAUCACCAUGGCCUGGGGAAGGAAGCCAUUUGUGGGAGACUUGAUCCCUGGAUCAGACGCACUCGGUGAAAUAAACGAGAGUUUUCGCCACUACGCCCCGGAUCUAAAACUGUGGUCGUUUUACGAGACACUCCCCGUCCGCACAGCGGUUAUGAACAAAAUUGUUGUCGAAAAAGACUCGGCAACGCUGGGAUAUCCUGGGGAAGAAAUUGCUGCUUUGGAUGCAGACCAUCGCCAGGUCUGCAAAUUCGAAACUAGUGCCAACGCAAACUUCAAGACGUUGCGGAAUGCACUGCUCACAUCGGUUGAUCUCAUUCGAGCUGCCAGUGGCCAAGAUACUGCUGCAACGGCUCCCACAGCACACCCCCCGAUUCAAGCUUCGUCACCUACACUGGCACCUGGCGAGGAAAUAUCUCGUUUAAGCCAAUUUCUGGACGCAAGCCCUGAUCUUGAGGAUGACUUGUUGACUCUCCAGCUACUCCGGGAGCCCGGGUCUUGUAAAUGGUUCGCUCAAACAUCUGCUUUCACUUCUUGGAAAUCUGGGACGGCCCCUGAGAUUCUAUGGGUGACUGGAAGGCCAGCAGCUGGAAAGUCUAUCUUGUCUAGCUACAUCGUGGAUCAGCUUGCACCCCCUGGAUCAUUUUGCAGCCACUUCUUCUUCAAGCAUGGUAUUGAGGGCAAAAGAAGCCUGAGUGAUUGUUUGAGAUCUCUCGUAUUUCAAAUGGCAACCCACGAUGCCGAAGUACGACGGCGGCUCCUUAAACUCGAUGCGGCGGAUAUGGUUUGGGACAAAGAAGAUGAGGUGAGCGUGUGGCGCAAGUUGAUCACCGGCUGCAUUGGGAAACUUCCCAGCAUUACAAGUCAUUACUGGGUCCUUGAUGGGCUUGACGAGUGCCACAACUUCGGCUCCAUGUUUUCGAAGAAGAUAUUUGCGUCACUUCCACGCGGCCUUCGCGUCUUUGUUGCAGCUCGCGAUCUGGAAGAGAUCCAGCGUGGUCUUGCUUCUCUCGGCUCAAGAGUACACGUACACACUCUCUCUGAAGAUGACACAGCAACGGAUAUGAGGCUCUUCCUCCAAGCAAAACUAGAGGAGCUUGGACGUUUAGACAGCGAGGAAGAGCGCGGCCAAAUGUGCGAGAAGAUACUCCACAAGGCUUCCGGCUCGUUUCUUUGGGUUCGUCUGAUACUGCAAGAACUCGAGAAGACGUGGACACGCGAGUCCAUGGAGGAGGUACUCCAAGAAGUCCCCGUGGACCUUCAAGAGAUGUAUCUCCGGAUAUUACGGACGAUUCAGACCAAGAGUAACACCGAGCUGGCCAAGACAAUUCUUCGUUGGGUUGUCUUGUCGUCACGACCUCUUAGCGUGGAUGAGCUCUGCGCGGCUGUGAGGCUCGACGUAAACCAAACUCUGCAAAAUGGAGCCCGCGCCAUACCUACCUUGUGUGGCCAGCUUGUGUUUGUAAACCAGGCCAACAGGAUACAGAUAAUCCAUGAAACUGCACGUCAGUUUCUCACUUCGCCAGACUGCGAAUCUGGAAUGGCAGUGGUGAAACCGCAUAAUCACACUCGUCUGGGGACGCUGCUCCUGCGGCUACUAUCAGGAGAUGUCCUCAAGCAACGGCAUGCAAGACCGACACAGGGACUUUUGGUUAGGUCCUUUGGCAGGACCAGUGCGGCACCCCUGACUUCGGGCGAACAAGUCCUCAUGGAUUAUGCCGCGAACCACUUUUCCGACCAUAUUUACCGUGCGACCGCCCAGGAUGAUGAGCUGGCCGAGGAGCUAUGUGCAUUUUUGACCAGCAGAAAGCUCCUUACUUGGAUGGAACACCUGGCCCAAAAGAGGGACCUCGGGAGCAUUAACAAAUCCGCCAUGAAUCUGCGCGCAUACCUAAGCCGACGAGUGAAAUACGUUCCUCCCACUGACAGAUCAGUCCUACUCAUUGACAGUUGGCUUACUGAUUUGAUCCGCGUAACUGCAAAAUUCAGCUCUCAGCUUCUUUCCUGCCCCUCUGCAAUCCAUACUUUAAUCCCACCACUCUGUCCGCCGGACUCUGCGAUUCACACUUGUUUUGCAGCAGACGCCAAGUUUCCUUCAUUGGCGGUUGCAGGGCUGCGUCCAGGCACAUGGGACGACUGUCUUGCUUACCUUGACUUUGAGGGGCAACGCGGAGGAGGGGCUGUGACUGUUGUCCACGGCCAACAAUACUUUGCCGUCGGGUUUACGCUUGGAAAUAUUGCAGUGUUUGAUAGGACCUCCGUGCAGCUAGUCUCACAGCUAACCCAUACCGAACGACUGCAACGACUUGAGUUAAGCCCAGAGGACCAGUAUCUAGUUUCAAGCGGGAGAGGGCAAGUCAUUGUCUGGGACAUGCAGUCGGGGAGUAAACUGCAUGCCUUCUCACCACCAGGCCCACUGCUCGCCGUGACCUUCCUGGGCUCUGAAGAGCUACUGUGUGUGACAAAAUCAUGUCAGGUAAUUGCGUGGGACUUGGAGAUCAAAGACCAACAGUGUCUGUACUGGGCAACCAGAGGAGCUACUACUGAUGGGUUUUCACAACAAAUCCCCAGCCAACCUCCCGUCUGCGCGGCAUUCUUAAAGGUCGACACGGAUGUGUUGCUUGCAAUUGGAUACCGCACUCAUCCUGUCUAUGUGCUGAAUGCACUUCAGUUUGAGGUCUUGGGCAAUCUAGCGGUCCCCAGCAAUACUGGACUUGUGGGAAUGGUUUUCAACCAAAACCCUGAGAUUCCCGCCCUGCUCGUGAACAGCUCAUCGGGAAGCCUGCACAUUUUCAACUACCAUUCAAUGACUCUGGAAUCAACCCAAGUCAACCUGUGCGCCGGGACCAUUGCAUGCUCCGAGGAUGGACGCAGUUUGGUCGUUGGAGGAGAAGACGGGGUUAUUCGAGUCUUCGAAUUCGACUUGGAUUCGACUGGAAGGAUUGUCCUCCACCUCUUCUAUUGCAUCGAUUCUCUUGAGGGAGCUGUACGUGGGGCAGCUUUCAGCUCCGAUGGGCUCCGCUUCCUUGAAAUCCGCAGCCAGCAAUGUCGCAUCUGGGCUCCCGCGGCACUGGUUCGCAAAGACAAUGAGCUGGAAAGUGCAAGCGAUGCCAUAUCGUUGCCGCCGCAGACUCCAUUCGGACUGAAGCAAAGCAACGCUUAUUGGCGGUCCAAGUCUAUCGGCCAGAGCUCCGAGAUAUCUACGCCACUUGUUGUUCCUCGUGGGCAGACUGCUUUCGUAGUCGCCGGCAAGCGAGAUGGAAAAGUCAUCGCCUUCUCGGUUAACGACGCGACUGAGCUCAAGGUCCUCUACCAACACCCAUCAUCAGUGGCUACAUUGAUCGUUGCAGGAUCAACAGGCUAUUCCGCCUUGAUCUCGGUGGAUUCUGCCGGUUAUGUUUAUGUUUCCCAGAUGAGUGGUAUUGAGGACAUGGUCAAAGGUGAAGGUCGAACAGCAUCCGUGGAUGGCCGCAGUGGCCAACAAGAAGCCGUCGGAUCCCAAAGUGAAAGCACCGUCUCGGCUUCGCUAUUGUUAAGACAGCGCUUCUCCGAUGCUGGAAUUGCUCAGGUUCUGGUUAGUCCUGCCUGUGAUCGCCUGUAUAUCAGCGGCUACAAUUUCGACGAGCUAUGGGAACUUCCUUCGGGCAAGUUCAUAGCGAGGAGACCGCACAGCGAUUAUGGGCUUGACCUGUUCACCAACUGGGUCGCCCGCUCUGCACUCCAGCAUCCUGCGAAUGAAAAAUGGCUCACCGUGGUGAUUGGGGAUGUGGCACAUAUACUUUCAUGGGAGACCCUCGAUGAUCUCAGCACCAACCAUGUCUCAUCGGGUAUAACACUUGUUCGAAGAGCCGAACCCGACGUUGGUGCAGUCGCCUCACCUCCAAGUCACACAACCCAUGGUCCGCCGAGCAGCAUCUCUUUACAACGAGGGAAUAGUGCAGUGUCUUACCACCAGUGUCCGGGCUUCUGCGUCGAAAUGCUUCACCGUACCCCAUCGGAGCCUUGUCAGCUUCAUGUAUGGCUACCUGAUGCUCUAGAUCCGGCCAACCCAGAUGCCGCAAAGCCUGCUUCCGAUUCGCGCCUGGCAGCGCUGGAACCUGUGAUGCUGGCCAUCCUUGGCUUCGUCAACCACUCCACCCUCGUGUUUCUGGACACAAGCCUCUGGGUCUGCAGCAUCCAGCUUGGCGGUCCAGAGUCGGAUAGUCCUCUCUCCUUGCCACCAUCUCGCUCGGGAAGCUCAUUGAGUCGAGGCUCGAGCUUUUCAUCCCCACCCUUGGGGGCUCGCCGACCCUUCUCCAGGACCACCUCGAGCGCGGCCAGCACUCCAGAGCCGACCGUCCCAGAAGCUCAAACCGGCAUCACAGCUCGGAGGCACUUUUUUGCCCUGCCCGAGUGGCGAGCCUACCAAGGCGAGCUGCAGUGUACAAUGGUGAUGCCAGACAAACAGGCGCCGUUACGUAGAAGCCACGGUGCAGGUCCGGACUUCAUCUUUGCAAACGGCGAGGGCGUCGUCGUGGUGAAAUCAGGCCUCGAGUUCUCUGAGCUUGUCACGUUGGAAACCCCUAGUAAUACGGCCCCAGUCCACGGCUAUGAGCCUCAGGCGAUCCCAGACGGUGUAGAAGAGCAGGCUUGGUCAAAUUCACCACGUGCUCCGCAGUGGAAAGCUGUGCCUGGUAGCACGCAUCGAAAGGCACCGUGGUGGUGAAUCUGAAGCCUGGGGCCGUCUGGAUGCUCUGACCAAAAUACUCUAUACUCAGCUUGGCGAGCGUGGUUUGGGAAUCUUGAGGCACCAAUUAUCAAAGAGUCAAUUCAAAAUUUAGCAGUCAUUGUGCGACCACCCAUUAUAGACACACACACACACACACACACACAC